UUCAGCAAUCCCAUACGUCACCCAGGGCUCCUCGAGAUACGUGUGCCCUUCCAUUUUGAAAUUUUGAUCCUCAUCUUUGUCAAGGUCUCCUGCAGAUACCGUGUCUCAUGAGGCUCCUUCCUCCUGGCCCCCCCACCAAGGCUAAAUUUUUCAGGUCAUCUUGUCCUCCAGUCCUCCGUUCCUGCUCAUUCUCUUUUCGGAAGGAGCCCUGGAUUCCCUCUCCCGGAACCAGUUUCCUCUUCACACCCCGGUACUGUCUGUAUCUCCCUCCCUCCAGUAGCAGUCUUCGUGCGCAGCUCUUGAGGACGGUUUCUGGAUGUCCUCUCUGUGCCUGUUUCUGUUCCCCGACCAGAUGGUCAUCCUGGAAGGUCAGGCUGGGUGUGGUGCACAGCACGAGUCCACCUCCACCGUUUGCUGAAGGGUGGAGAGCGGCACCCACAGGGUCACAGAGCUGUUCCUUGCCUCGGGGGCUGCUGUGUUCCAGGUCUGUUUUGUUCCCCUUAACCGUCUUCGCCCUGUGGUUCCCGAAGACUUCCUCUAAGUCAUGUGAGACUCACUCUGGGGAUGGAUGGGGAUGGUUGUUCCUCUUGCUCUUGAGCCCCAGGGGCUACCCCGUGGAUGUCCCCGGGGUUUGUGGAACUGAUCUGGUUAACCAUAGGUGGUGGGUAGGCGGCUGCAACGGGCCAGCGUGUGCUUGUGCUCUGCUGGGAAAUUCAGAGUGGUGGCCGGAGGGUUUUGUUGCUGGUUCCUGAUGCAAUCUCAUGGGCCACUCUUGGGGGAGAAGUGUUUACUGUCCAAAAGAAAUAGAAAGUGAGCCAACAAUGUAAUUUUAAAUUAUCCGGUAGUUUCAUUAAAAAAAAAAAAAAAAAAGUCGAAAGACACAGGUAAAAUUAAUUAAGACAGUCUAUUCAACCAACGAUAUCCGAAAUACCAUCAUUUCAUCAUGUAGUCAUUCUGAAUACGGAGAUGGUUAACAAUUCUUUUUUUGUACUAAGUCUUUAAAAUUUGGGGUGCUUUAGGGGCGCCUGGGUGGCUCAGUUGGUUAAGCGUCUGACUCUUGGUUGGUCUCAGCUCAGGUCAUGAUCUCACGGUUCGUGGGUUCAAGCCCUGUGUCAGGCUCUGUGCUGACAGUGCAGAGCCUGCUUGGGGUCCUCUCUCCCUCUCUUUCUGCCCCUCCCCUGCUCUCGCUCUCUCUCUCUCUCUCUCUCUCUCUCUCAAAUAAACUUAAAAAAAAUAGUACAGAAAAAUACCUUUAAAAUAAAGUCUGGGGUGCUUUGCACUCAGCGUGGAUUAAGGACCUUUGAGGUGCUCAACAGGCGCGUGCGGCUGGUGGUGCUCUAACAUACAGCCCGCUACGAUUUGUGUCCGUCCUUCCCUCCGCCCGUCGCUGUUGGUGAGUGCGAAUUGGGCGAGAGCCUGUCUGGCAGAGUGACAGCACUUAGUGGGACUUUGAGUAACUGGGAUCACAGCUCUGCUGCUCGCCCGUGUCGGGUGGCCUGGCCGGGUCUCUCAGAGCCACAGUUACCACCUGUAGAAUGAAGGAGGCCGUUGGACUGCAAUCCCCUGGGCCCCUCUGGCUCUGACCUGUUGGCAGGGAGCCACGGAUCUGGGCAGGGAUGGUGCUGGGAACUGCUGUGUCUGCCGUGGCAUCCUUAGCAAAUGAGAGCUGCUCUAUGAAAGGCCACAGCCGGCCUCACCUGGCUCGUGAGGGGCUGGUUUGCCGUCUCCAGCUGACUGACCCGGCAUCCGUAUCUGAUCUCUUGGUUCCUGGACUCUGGAAAUCGUCUGCUCCUCUAUGUGCUGCCUGUCCCCUUAUCCAGCAUUUGCGAGGCCCUGCAGGUGCCCGGCUUGUCCCCACGUGGGAAGGCAGAGAUGGACAGGGCAGCCCCAGACCCUCAGGAAGCUCAUCUUUUGGAGGGUGUGACAGGCCAGAGGGAGCCCCUGCCGUUUCCUGAGGCCUCAUGAGGGUUCUUUCUUGCACAGGCCCAGCUAGAAGCUCAGAAAGCCACGCAGGACUUCCAGAGGGCCACAGAGGUGCUCCGAGCCGCCAAGGAAACCAUCUCCCUGGCUGAACAGCGGCUGCUGGAGGAUGACAAGCGGCAGUUCGACUCAGCCUGGCAGGAGAUGCUGAAUCAUGCCACUCAGAGGGUCAUGGAGGCGGAGCAGACCAAGACGCGGAGCGAGCUGGUGCACAAGGAGACCGCGGCCAGGUACAACGCGGCCAUGGGCCGCAUGCGGCAGCUGGAGAAGAAACUCAAGAGAGCCAUCAACAAGUCCAAGCCUUAUUUUGAACUCAAGGCAAAGUACUACGUGCAGCUUGAGCAACUGAAGAAGACCGUGGACGACCUGCAGGCCAAACUGGCUCUGGCGAAGGGCGAGUACAAGACAGCCCUGAAGAACCUGGAGAUGAUCUCGGACGAGAUCCACGAGCGGCGGCGCUCCAGCGCCAUGGGGCCUCGGGGCUGCGGUGUGGGGGCCGAGGGCAGCAGCACGUCUGUGGAGGACCUGUCGGGGAGCAAGCCUGAGCCAGACGCCGUUUCGGUGGCCUCCGAGGCCUUUGAAGACGACAGCUGCAGCAACUUUGUGUCUGAAGAUGACUCGGAAACCCAGUCUGUGUCCAGCUUCAGUUCAGGACCAGCGAGCCCGUCGGAGAUGCCCGACCAAUUCCCUGCGGUUGUAAGGCCUGGAAGCCUGGAUCUGCCCAGCCCCGUGUCUCUGUCAGAGUUCGGGAUGAUGUUCCCGGUGCUGGGCCCUCGCAGCGAAUGCAGCGGGGCCUCCUCCCCAGAAUGUGAGGUAGAACGAGGAGACAGGGCAGAAGGGGCAGAGAAUAAAACAAGCGACAAAGCCAACAACAAUCGAGGUCUCGGCAACAGCAGUGGCAAGAGCCAAAGCAGCAGCGCCCGCGAGGGCCAGGCCUUGGAGAACAGGAUGAAGCAGCUCUCCCUCCAGUGCUCAAAGGGAAGAGACGGGAUUAUUGCUGACAUAAAAACGGUGCAGAUUGGCUGACCCAUCCGAAGCCCGGGCCCAAGGGCAUAUCCGUAUUUAUACAUGGAGCUGUAUGGAGAACAUUGUGCCAAUAAUCAUUUAAUACAUGCCAAAUCUUAAGCGUUUACUCUACACUGCACUAAUGAAGUUGUGACCGUGAGGGCUGAAGAGUUUUCUUCUGGGAAAGAGCUCUUGGGCUGGUUUGUUUUUCAGAGCAGAGGCGUUGUUGCGGUGGAUUGUGACCAGGGUCACGGCCUUUGUGGAAUAUUACCUGUGACCGUGUUGUGGAAGCAAUAACUAGUUCCUGUGAAAGAACCAGAGCCAGGAAAGGGACUGGGAAGCUGAGCCAACCUGGGGUCAACAGCUUGCUCCUCUUUCCUCUCUCUUACCCUCAAUUUGGGAAAAUGGGAGAUGUUCUCUCCUUUACAUCCCAGGGGAGGGAUCUAAAUGAAAAAACACAAGAACAAAACUCACAUCUUCAGAAAACACCUUUUUGACCCAGCAAAGGCUUAAAAAAAAAAAAAAUCCAAGAACACGAUUCCUUUUCACCACCUCUGGUAUUCAGAAGGGGCUUUUAAAAAAGCAUAUAUGCUGGGAUACCCAUUAGAACCAUUUUCUAUAAAGGUUACCACGAACUGCACUUUUUGGGGUGGGAAAGGUGAAUGCCAACGUGGGGAUGGGAGGGAUGGAGAGUAGCAGGGACAUACCAUAGAAGGUGAUUUGUGGCUGUGGGAGAGAAGAGUCUGUAGCAUAAACCUUAUCCUGCCAGCCAAGGGACUUGAUUCUUAAGAGAAGUGCAUGUGAAGAAUGGUUGCCAUUGUUAUAUCUAGAUUGACAAGGUGUCAAUUUCUCUGUACGUUGUGACUUUAAACAUAAAUUAUUUAAGGGUUAUGCUGCAUUAGUAUUUCUUAGAGGGAAUUGUUCCUUAAAGAUAGGAAAGGGAGUAGGCAUGUGUUGGCACAGGCUGUUAAAUAGAAGCAAUGAAGUCUGUUAUGCUAAUAGUAGUAAGUGUUAAGA